GCCCUUCAUUUCUCACUCUUGUCUUCUCUCUUUUCUACAGAAACUCAAGCCCUGCAAUUACUUACCAUGGCUGACGAAAGAGUCCACCCUCACAACUCACCCUCCCACCAUCAGCAUGAAGAUGAAGAAGAAGAAGUCUCCACUCCCAGGCCUUCUCCUCCUUCUCCUGAAAAGCCUAUUGCUCAACCUCCUCAAUCACCUGCUGCCACUUACGUUAUUCAAAUCCCCAAGGACCAAAUCUACCGUGUUCCUCCUCCCGAAAACGCUGACCGUUUCAAACGCCUGUCUCGCCCUAAACCUUCUAGAACUUGCUGCGCCUGUCGUUUCUUCUGCUUCACUCUCCUCACCCUGAUCCUCCUCCUUGGCAUCGCCGCCGGAAUCUUCUACCUCGUUGUCCGGCCAGAGUCACCUCAUUAUAAUAUCAAUUCUAUUUCUAUCAGUCCUCUCAAUCUCUCUUCUUCUUCGCCGAUUUCUCCUCAGUUCAACAUUUCAGUGACGGCCAACAAUCCGAAUGACCACAUCGGGAUUUACUACGAGAAAGACAGCUCAGUCCAGGCUUUUUACAAUGACGUCAUUCUAUGCGACGGCGUUUUGCCUCAGUUUUAUCAGCCUACAAACAAUGUUACAGAGUUUAACGUGGAUCUGAAAGGUUCGGGUGUUCAGUUGACGAGUUCUCUUCUGAAUCAGCUGGUGGCAGAUGAGAAGUCCGAAACGGUACCGCUUAAGGUGAAAUUGAGAGCUCCUGUGAAAAUCAAGGUAGGGUCAGUGAAGACGUGGACGAUCAAGGUUAAAGUGAAUUGUGAUCUAACGGUAGAUAAGUUAACAUCUCAGUCGAAGAUUGUGUCAAAGGAUUGUGGUUAUGCGGUGGAUGUAUGGUAGGGCAAUAUUAUUAUUUUAGAUGGGAGAGUGUUUGGUUGUAGGAUUUACACCAGUGCCGUUGAUAUAUUAUUUAAUUUAUUUUUAGUGUUGUGGAAAACAUGUCAUGGAUGGACUUAUUCUGAUGGAGAUUAUUAUUAUUAUUAUACUGAGUACAGGACAUAUAGUAUGAUGAUGAUGAGAUAUGAUUCAUUUUGUA